AGAGUCACGGUUAGUUUAGUCGACUAGUGAAAGAACGUUGGUACCUAUCUACUGGUUCCAGAAGCACGAACAGAAUACUGUUAGCGCUUGGAACAAGUGAGCGAUUAGUGUAUCGAAAGGAUUUCAACGAGUGACUACUAUGGAUAAUCGGAUACGAACCCCGGAUGUGAACGUGGGAACGAUUCAUUUACUUAAAAAUUAUGGCUGUUUUUCUCCACCAAUAGAAUAUCCCGCGCGACAAAGACCGGCACCAGUGAUUCGGGAGCUGAUUAGUUCAUCAACACCACCCAAAACCGCUUUGUCUUCAGUACUUUACCGCCACAGUUUGCUCACCGAUUUCACCUACACCGCUGCUGCGCCACUUUUAAGCCCGAUAAAGUGUAUCAAACGUAAGCAACGCUGUGAAAAACAACCCAUUCCCAUUGAUCAGAAAGAUGAGAAAUACUUCGAAAAAAGGAAACGCAACAACGAAGCGGCAAAAAAAUCUCGAGAUGCCCGGAAGCUUAGAGAAGAUAGGAUAGCUUUGAAAGCAGCCCUCCUGGAACGAGAAAAUGCCAUCUUGAAAUCACAGAUUCUGUCGCUUCAAGAUGAAAUUUACGCUUUGGCUCAAGUGCUGUGCCUAAAAAAUGCAAACUCGAACCAGUGAAGUUUUGUCGAGUGUGCACCCCAGUCGUUUGAGCAAAUUUGAAGUAAUACCUACCAAAUCCGGGA